AAUCAAUGGAAGGUCCUUCCAACAAUCCUUCCUUGGGAGGAGAGGGAACCCACCUCGUUCUCGUUUGGCUCGCAAAGCUGGGAAGCUGAGCUGAGAGGAAAGUCUCUCAACCGCGCGAGGGCAUUGUAAUGUGAUAGAAAUGAAUUGUCGAGAGGGGGAGGGAGAGAGAUGGCAUUUAAAAGGAGGCAAGGCUCCUCAUCUUGAGAGGAGUUUGUAGCAUUGCUGUUGCUCCCUUUGUAUCCAGCUCACAUCACAAUCCUUGGACCACAAAGACGUACAAACCACUGUCAUUUCUCCUUCCCUUCAACUCUUCCUUGUGUUGGGUUUUCCCUUUCCUCUAAGAGAUAUGGCCUUCCGUGACCCGGGGCAAAACAACUAUGGCCCAAUCGGCAAGUUGGUCCAGGGCCUGGCAGUCGGAGUCGGGCUGGCCUCCGAAAGCAUUCAGCACCACAAGGAGAAAAAGCAACAGAAAAAGCUCGAGGGCGCCCGGGCGGUAGCAGCAGCAGCAGACGAUGGAGAAUCACCAACACAGCGCGACCUGAUGCUCCAGGACAGCCGGGAGGAUGAAGACGAGGAAAAGGUGCAGACCCCACGAGCUUUAGACGAGGCGGCAUGGCAGCUCGACGACAUGCAGGCCGAACUUAGCGGCGAGGUUCCUCCACCACCAUAUGGGGAGCUCGAUCAGGCCGGUUAUCAGUCAACCGGCAUUGUAGGGAGUGCAGUGGACGAGCCAGCACUCGCCGCCAGCUUCAUAGGCGAGCAUCCUCUGCCGUCGCCCUCUGCCGAGCCAGUCGCCCGUCGUCUCGACCUCCCUGUCAUCCUCACCCAGCGCCGGCCCAAGGCGCGGACGAGAGGCUUUGUGCGUGCCUAUGCGCCGAUCCUGGAGGAUGUGGGGAUCGACCAGCCGACCUUUCUGGACUUUAUCAACAAGCUGAACAAGGCGAUGGAGCCCAGCCCGUGGAUCCAGACCAUCAACCUGGCCUCAUUCGCGGCGCAGCACGUGCCCGAGCCCGUCACCGUUGCCGUGUCCAUCGCGUGCAAGAUCGCAGCCGAUGCCGCCGCCGAGGUGCACAGCCGGUCCAAGACGAACAAGUUCUUGGACACGGUAAAUGAGGACUUUUUCCGGCCGCGGGGCCUGGUCGCCAUCCUCAUGACCUGGAAGCCCAGCGACCCGUCCAUGUUGACGGACGUUGACUUUAAUCUCGGCUCCAAGAUCUCGAGCGCCACCUCCACAUCCGAGGGGCAGCAGGGCAGCACUUUGGGCAAGCUCAGGCACCGCAUGCAGGCGUCCUCGGGCACCAGCAGUUUCGAGUUCCCUGAGACAGCCCCCCUGAUCUUCCCGGCCCUGGACGAGCUAGCCGCGUCGCGGUCCGAGGACCCAGACGCAGAGGCCAAGAAACAGAACGCCGUCAAGCGCGGCGGCCAGUUCCUCCAGGACUACUUGGACCGCCGCGCCGUGGCCAAGUGGGCGGGCGACAACCCCGACAGUAAGAUGGCCAACGCCCAGCCCAAGCCUGAGUUCCGCUCGCGGUAUGCCGAUCCAACGCACCCGGCCAGCAGCGGCGACCUGCUCGCCUUCGUCACGGGCGGGAAGCUCACGAGCCAGCCUGGCCUGGUCGAGCGCAGCGGCAUCAAGAGCAUCUCGACGGCGGGCAGGCGCUCUGCGGUCCUAGAGGCUUGCGGGGUGGACUCGGGUCGCUUGGGCCUGGGCCUCGUGGGCGGCCUGGGCUUCCAGCACCUCAUGCGCCGUAUGGAGGACAAGUUACUACCGGCCGAGUAUACAGUAUCAACGGAAAUCUCGGCUCUCUCGGAGCUGUCUCGUCUUCCGUAUAAUUAG